GUCCUAGAACGGGCGCGGAACAAGGGAGGGGCGGAGUGAGCUGGCGCGAUUGAUUGUUGCGCCCUUUGCUCCGCCGCUGAGCGUUCCGAGCGAGGCGCUGCGCCCCCUGAGCGGCCGUGCGAGGCACCAAGGCGCCGUCCCGCCCGGGCCUGGGCUCUGCUACUUGCCACCUGCCCAGAGGACCCCCCCUCCCGCUCCUCCUCCGGACCCGGCCAUGCUGCCCAACACAGGGUAAGCUGCGAGGGGCUCCCGCUCUCCUCCCGCCACGCGCUGUCGCGAGUAGGUCGCCCCCAGUUAGGGUCGCCCCCCCAGCCUGUCCUGUAUAAUGCAGGUUUUGCCCCGUAUUUCAAUGCAAAAUGCUGCGUCCUGUAUUGAUAGCAGCUUUGUCCUUUAUUGCAGGUCUUUUCUCUCUCUCUCUUUCUCUCUUUGCAAAGUUAGGGAUCUUCUCCAAAUGCAUGUGUGUGAAAGGUCAUGCAUUGAACAGGUGCGCAAAUUCAUGUAUGUGUUUGACAAAUUCUAGUGCGGGCCAUCCUGUUAGGCUGCAAUUGAUUGUCAUGAAUCAUAGAACUGUUUGGAAAGGGAGCACAAGGGUCAUUUAGCAACGCAGGAAUCUGUUGCCCAAUGUGGAGCUCAAACCCAUAACCCUGAGAUUAAGAGUCUAGUGCUGUACCGACUGAGCUUUCCCAGAAAUGGGAAUAAUAAUAAAUACCGUCCACCAACUUCCCCUGCCCUGCCCAGUAUUUUGCUAGGUCAAAGGUGGCAACCCCGAAUCGGCACUUCCACAGCUGGGCUGGUCAGGUCGGAGAUGGGGCAAAACAGGUGCUCCUGGACCUGCAGGUCAAGCCGUUGUUGAAAGACAUGGUUGAAGGGGGGCAGAGGCUCGAAACUUGACAACUGCUAAACCAGCGGCAGCUUACCCUGGCUCCUCUUGGGGAGGAAAGAGAAAGAGGACACAGAGCCAAGUAGGUGACCUCUGUCUGUAAUGUGUGCCUAACCUUCGUCAGCAGCAUGCCAUCCUCUUUGCUUCCAUACUGCAAACAGCAAUGCAAACCUUUCAUAGUUGCGCAGGUAGCCAAAUGUUAGUAAGAUGACAUAAAGUAGUACUAUUUGCAGUGGUGGAUUUUCCAGAAGUGUGGAGAGGUUUGAAGUGGUUUCUCCAAACUGGAAAGCAAGUCAGCCAUUCAGGUUCGGUUAAAUCUAAAGGAGUGCAUGGGGCAAUAAAUAAACAAAUCACUUGUUCACAUAUAUACUGAUGCAGUCAGAACCUGAAUCGGAAAAGAGGUUUUUGGUGGGCAGCGUAACCAAACAGUCGACACCACUGGUGGAAAGGUGUGUUCUUGUACCGGGGUGAUUAAGAAAGAGGCCAUUGCUAAAACAGCAAGUGUUGUCAUGCAUUUAUAUAAAUCUACGAUAUAAUUGUAUUUAGAACAUUGUGCAUAGUUUGUGUUGCACCAUCUCAUUUAAGUAACAUGCCACAUGCAACAAUGUAAAGUGUCACUGUUUAGGUGUAUUGUUGCAGAAAAAUUGUCCCAAGCAGUUUUUAUGAGAAACUACCAUCAUACCUCGUGUUACGUUUGCUUCAUGUUGCGGCUUUUCAGGUUACAAAUGUGGUGAACGUGUUUACUUCUGGGUUCACCAUACGUGCAGAAGCGAUCGUGCUUUGCGCAUGCGCAGAAGCGCUCUAUCGCGCUUUGUGCACGCCCAGUAACAGCACUCUACUUACAGACUUUUUGGGGUGCGAAUGGCACCCCGAAACGGAUCACAUUUGUAAGUAGAGGUACCACUGUACUUGAUUUCCCCUUCUUGAAGAGUUUGUUUGAAACUCAUUGAGAAACAUGCACUACUUCUUCUUUUUCUUAUUCUUCUGUGAUUAAGGAGUUGAUUUUUCUCUCUUAUCUAUGUGAGCUUCCUUAUGAAGUAUAACAAGUCCAGUGUAGCACUCAUUUUACUUAAGAGCUCUAAGCACAUGACACAUAGCUAUUUCAGAUCUCACAGUAGUUAUCCUACAGAUGAGUUAUGCAGUGCAUAAGAAAAAGAUUUGCAGAAUUUAAUCUUUGCAGUCUGUUUGCCCACUGCUAUGUGUAAAUGUGUGUGGUACAAGUGAAAAAUUCAACAAUGCAGCGGUAGCAUUCCCCAUUCUGGUCCCCCCCCCCAUUCUGAUGGGCUUCAAAUCCCAUCUUGUCUGCUCAGCAUGGCCCAGUGGCCAGGGAUAAUGAGUAUUGUAGUCCAACAAUAUCUGGAGGGCACCAUCUUGGCUACCCCUGCCAUAAGGAGUCUUUCCCUCACUUGGACUAUAAAGAUUUCAGCUUGCAAAAAUUGUGAGAAGAUGGAGCAGUUGGGAAGUAUGUGGCCUUAUUGACUGAAAGAGCUCACUGCAUAGGAUUUAUUUUUCAAAGAAGAGCGGCAGUUAUCAGUUCAAGUGAUCUGCACUCAUAAAGAUUACGAGUGAAUUUUGUGCAGAACACAGGUUGAAUCCUGUUGUGGCUUGCUUUGUCCACGUUGCAAAUUGUUACAAGUAGCCCUACUGUUGCAGCUUGUAGUCAUCUGUAUGGUUGCAGAAUCCAGACUGAGCUGCCAGUAGAAUUUCAACAGGCAAAUUAAAUCUUUUAAUUGCCUGCUCCCAUUGCUGGGCUUCUGGAUUGCUACAUACCAAUAACAGAGGGGAAAAAAUUACUUCAGUUUUGAGACAUGCAGUAAGGAUGAGACUAAUUUUCUUAGACCAUUUGCCAAUUUUUAAAAAUGGAAGUGUGGUUCUGCUCUGUCAAGUGAAUACGUAAGAACUAAAAUUACUUACUUGGAAGGUCAAUUGCCUCCCUCUCUCAUGUUGUGUUACAUUUAUUCUCCCGUAAUAAAAGGGUGGGAGGUCCUGUGGUGUUUUAACUUCCCACCCCAUUUUGUGUGUGUGUGUGUGUUAAUGGGAGGGUUUCACUGAAAGGGCACUGGAAUCAAUUAGACCCCAGUUCAGACAAAUGGGGAAAUGAAUUACUGUGCAUCCAAGGUAAUGGAAAUUAAAUAACUCCAACAUGGUAAGAACUCUAAUUGAAUAACCCCAUUGCCUCUAUAUAUUGGCAAAGCUGCUGCUCUAAAGAGGUGUUAAACAGUUUGUAUUGUGUCUGGGAGGCAUUGGAUGGAAUGAACAAAUGCCGUCACACUAUGAGUCAAAGUAGAGGCACCAGAAAAAAAAUAUUAAGAUUGCACAGAAGGGGCAAAAUACACUUUUGCAGUGUGAGCUUUGCCACACGUUAGAUUUCUGAGACAGCGAUAAUGUUUCAUGUUAAUGCUCUCAUCCCAAGUAUAUGUUCUCUGAAAUAAAUCCAGCUGAUUUUGAUGGCGUUCGCUUUCAAGUGAUCAUGCUUAGGGUUUCAGCUUUCUUUUAAUCUUUCAUUCAUGAUUCGGUUGUUAUUUCCAGGAGCUGAAAGAAGUAUGUGUUUUCUGAUUUGUGAAUAAUAAUAAUAAUAGAAAGUUUGCUUCAUUUCACAUGUGGGUCAGGCAACCAUAGGCAAUCUACUUGUCUGAAGGCGACAAUGGCGCCAGCUGCAUAGCUAGCCGCUCGGGUGCCUGGUGUGGGGGGGUGUCCUGCAGCCGGGGGGCGGGGCGAUCCGCUCCCAUCGGGGUGGGGCUAGCCUCUGCGACGCUUGGAGCCUCUCCAACGCCUCCCGCUCAGCUGUAGGGCUGCUGAGGGAGAGGCAGUAGGCAGACGCAAGUCCCACACUGCUGUUUCAGGUAGCAUGGAACCUGCAGGCCUAAGGCACCAUGUCACUCCUAAAAAGUUCUGUGAGCCCACUUUAAAAAAACCUCAUUUUGUCACUCCCCCCUCAGUGAUGACACCCGGGACGGACCACAUCCCCGUACCCCCCUUCCUCCGCCACUGGGUAGAGCUCAUGCUUUGCUUGCAGAAGAUCCUAGUUUCAGUCCCUGGCAUCUUCAGGAAGGGGCAUGACUGACCUUGAUGAGCCAAUGGUCUAACUUGGUUUAAGGCAGCUUCAUCGCUUCGUGUGUGAGCCUUAGAUGCCAUAGUUGGGAUGAAGUUCAGUUGCCAGAAGAGGAGGUACCUGGUGGCAUUCCUGCACUUGGUGACAUUGAGAAAAGUACAGAGCAGGGGCAAGAUCAGAAUAGUAUUGGAAAUUGCAAGUGACUUGUGGGCUACAAUGUCAUCAUUUUCUUACCAUGUAGCAGUUAAAACAAAUUGUAUAAACUCAGUUAUGCAAGUUGAGUCAAUGUAUGCAAAAUAGAAUGCACUGGGGACUCAGCUACACUAGUCGAUUUAUAACGUUAUAACAAUGUGUCACCAGGUGGCUCUGUAGAGCUGAAAUCCAAAGUCAGUGAUAAUUUUCAUUGUGAGCUUUUAGAAUGUUUUCCCCCCCUGUAGCAUUUUUUUAUAGCUGUGUAGAUCCAGCCCGGGAUGCGGGUGGCGCUGUGGUCUAAGCCACAGAGCCUAGGGCUUGCCAAUCAGAAGGCCGGUGGUUCGAAUCCCCACGACGGGGUGAGCUCCCGUUGCUUGGUCCCUGCUCCUGCCAACCUAGCAGUUCGAAAGCACGUCAAAGUGCAAGUAGAUAAAUAGGUACCGCUCCGGCAGGAAAGUAAACAGCGUUUCUGUGCGCUGCUCUGGUUCGCCAGAAGCGGCUUAUUCAUGCUGACCACAUGACCUGGAAGCCGUACGCCGGUUCCCUUGGCCAGUAAAGCGAGAUGAGCGCCGCAACCCCAGAGUCGUCCACAACUGGACCUAACGGUCAGGGGUCCCUUUACCUUUACCUUUAUCUUUAGAUCCAGCCUUGGUAAAUUAUAAAGCUAUAAUAGUCAUGUUAUUUGUGGUUUCUAGUUAAUAGAAUUUAAGAGCAUGUUUUCCACUGAAUUUCAGGUCUUUGCCAAUUUCAGGUGAUUCUAAUCCUGCAUUUUCUUUUAUCUAUUCUCAGUAGUUAAAAGAUAACUGUUUGUCUUAUCACUUAUUUUUAGGAGGUUGGCAGGAUGCACUCUCUUUAUCACGGGUGCAAGCCGUGGGAUUGGAAAAGCGAUAGCCUUGAAGGCAGCCAAGGAUGGGGCAAAUAUUGUGAUAGCUGCCAAGACUGGAGUGCCGCAUCGCACACUUCCAGGAACUAUCUACACUGCUGCAGAAGAAAGUAAGCUUGCAAGAGAGAGGUGCAUAGAUUAUGAUCUGAGUGCCACCAUCUGCUGCAACCUUUGAGAGCUGCACCCAGUAACUAACCUUGCCAUGGAUAUUUCCGGUGCCAGUUCCCACCCAUGGCCCUGUUCAUACGAAGAGAGUAACAACAACAAUAACAACAACAAUUUAUUAUUUAUACCCCGCCCAUCUGGCUGGGUUUCCCCAGCCACUCUGGACUGCUUCCAACAAAAUAUUAAAAAAGAAGUAUUCUUGUAUUUAGUUUGUGUAUGCUAUUCUUUGACUUAAGUGAUGCCCUUCUUUUGCAGUUGAAGCAGCUGGAGGAAAGGCUUUAGCAUGCAUUGUCAAUGUCAGAGAAGAAGAGCAAAUUGUCGAUGCAGUGGAUCAGGCUGUCCAGAAAUUUGGAGGUAAAUUAAAUUCUGCAGCUUACGUUGAGUGUAAAGGUAAAGGUACCCCUGGCCGUUAGGUCCAGUUGCGAACGACUCUGGGGUUGCGGUUCUCAUCUUGUGCUGUAGGCCGAGGGAGCUGGCGUUUGUCCGCACACAGCUUCCGGGUCAUGUGGCCAGCAUGACUAAGCUGCUUCUGGCGAACCAGAGCAGUGCACAGAAAUGCCGUUUACCUUCCCACCAGAGCGGUACCUAUUUAUCUACUUGCACUUUGAGGUGCUUUCGAACUGCCAGGUGGGCAGCAGCCGGGACCGAACAACAGGGACUCACUCUGUCGUGGGGAUUCAAACCGCCGACCUUCUGAUCGGCAAACCCUAGGCUCUGUGGUUUAGACGACAGCGCCACCCGCGUCCCAUGUUGAGUGUAGUAAUCACUAAUUACACAGUUUAAAAGUCUUUUUUUAAUUCAAUAACAAAACAAUUGUGUUAAAUAAUUAUUUAUUUUGUAAAAGUUUAUAUACCUGCUUGAAUAUUUUUUAAAAACCCCAACCUUCAAAGUGGCUAAUCCUUGUGUAAUAAUUAUCAUGUUGUUUUAAAUGGUUGACUUUUAUGAUGCAUAAAUGUCUUAUUUUAAACAAUCAGGGAUAGAUGUUCUUGUGAACAAUGCAAGUGCUAUCUCUUUAACUGGCACACUGGAUACGCCUACAAAAAAAGUGGACCUAAUGAUGAGUGCCAACACAAGAGGAACCUACCUCACGUAAGUGUUUGUGGAUAACAAAUCUUUAAAAAUAGCUCUGUAUACUCAGUAAUUCUUCGUUCACUGGAUCAAAUUGGAGACAUUAUGGGCAAAAUACAAUCCUGGAUGCUUUAGAGUCUGUUGACCUUUUAGAGAGAAAGAUUCUGAAUUUGAUAAUCGUUAUAAGAAAAAAACGCUCCUUUUCCCUUAUGAAGUACCCAAGAGUCUGUGUAGAGUCCUUAUGUAGGUUUCCUAUCGGUAGGAGAAAAUAACAGAGGCCAACCAGAGAAUAUUGAGAAGCAAAGCAGCUAGUAAGCCUGAUCUUUAUUACCGUAACUGUUGCAACAGGGUGCUCAGAACCACACGCAGGAGGGAGGAGGGACCCAGAACAUUGGUGUGCAAGCUCUUAUAUAGACUUUUGAAAUUGCCCACACUGUAGCCUAAGACCACCCCCCUGAAACAUCAUACAUACAUCACAGAAGGAGGCGGUCUAUAGCCGAAAUCCUGUUUGCCAGGGUAUCUUAUAAUGGUCACUGAUUGCUUUUACUUGGGCAGUCUGGCUACUCUUUUGUGAUGGUAAAUACUCAGAUCCUGAAUCCAGGUCACAGGUUCAUCCUAUUCAUACACAGAUACGCCCUUAAGACAGGAUUUGUGAGCAAAGAGACAAUGGGGAGGUUUUCCCAUUUUGAAACAUUUGAAGUCAAUUUGGGAGAAUCAAAAUGGUUUCAGGACUGAUUUUCUGAACUGUUUUCAGGCAUGUGGUUUAUAUAUUUAUGUAUAUGUUUGCAUGGUACAUUUAUAAACAUUUAUUUUAUAUAUUUGAGACCUUAAAUUCUUAUAACAAAUCCAGCUAAAUUCUGCAUGGGUAAUUAGAAGUUAGAAUGUGGUGACUAGGAACAACAGUACAGUGCUACCUUGGAAGUCAAACGGAAUCCAUUCCAGAAGUCCGUUCAACUUCCAAAACAUUUGGAAACCAAAGCGCGGCCAAUCGGAAGCUGCAGAAGACCUGACGGACGUUCGGGUUCCAAAGAACGUUUGCAAACCAGAACACUCACUUCCAGGGUUGUGACGUUCAGGAACCAAAAUGUUUGACUGGCAAGGCGUUCGACUUCCAAGGUAUGGCUUGUACCUGGUGGUCUUGGAGGCAUUAGGAGUAAAAAGCCUUACCUAUACAAAUUUGUCUAGGGUUGGUGUUUUUUUUUUGGCCAUUUGCUGAAACUCCUCUCAUUUCUCUUUUGUACCCACCAUGAAGUGUAGAAAUUUGCUUGAUUUUUAAAAAAAUAAAAUAAAAUAAAAGGCAGUGAUUACUUUCAAAGGUAUACAGUGGUACCUCGGGUUAAGUACUUAAUUCAUUCCGGAGGUCCGUUCUUAACCUGAAACUGUUCUAAACCUGAAGCACCACUUUAGCUAAUGGGGCCUCCUGCUGUUGCUGCGCCGCCGUAGCAAGAUUUCUGUUCUCAUCCUGAAGCAAAGUUCUUAACCCGAGGUACUAUUUCUGGGUUAGCGGAGUCUGUAACCUGAAGCGUAUGUAACCUGAAGCGUAUGUAACCCGAGGUACCACUGUACUGUGGAAAUUAUCAGUUUCUAGUACAGAGGUCAUACUCCAUGAUUGGGUAAUCGCAGCCCUAGAGAGUCUUAAAUCCUUUGCUUUAAGAACUUAACCUGUAGCAAGGAUAUUUUUCUUAUCUUCUUUGUCUUGCUUCAUUUGUUGAUCUUCCUUCUGCCUUGCUCUUUUACUUGGGCUUCUGCAGAAAACGCAUUCCCAGGCCUGCUGCUGUUCCCUUGGCUCAGCGGGAGCAGCACAGAGGCUUGUGCAGUAAGAGGGGACCUUGCGCAAGUUGAGCCUUCAGCAGCCCCACCCGCUUUCUUUUGAUAACUGCCGUAUAUCCAGUAACACAGGCCUUUCUUAGGCAGUGCUCAGCUGACGGACACAGUUUGGCAACGUAAAACGUUCCUCUUUUUCUUUCGCUUUGCCGAGCUCAGAAUGUUUGCGCGUUAGCAGAUAAGAGAGGAGGAAAAGGGUAUUCAAAGAGUGCUACCGCAGUGGAUAUGAGAGCAGUUAGUGUCUUUGUCCCACCCCCUUAAUUUAAAUGCUCUUUCAUAUGCAAGUUCUUUUUUUAAAAAAUAUUUUUAUUGGUUUUUAACAUACAAAAUUAUAAAACAUACCACACAAUUUAUCACAAAUACAUUCUUAUUGGACUUCCAUCAGCACCUCUGAUAAUCCUCUGUCUUAAUCACUUCUUACGCAUUUCCUAACUUAAUAUUGCCUUUACAUCUCUUAACAUAUCACGUCUCCUUCUCCAUUUUGGCAAUAUUUCUAAUAUUCUUCCUCACAGAACUUCUUGCAAACCUACAAACGUUGUCUGGUCGUCACAAAUACAGUGGUGCCCCGCAAGACGAAUGCCUCGCAAGACGGAAAACCCGCUAGACGAAAGGGUUUUCCGUUUUGGAGGUGCUUCGCAAAACGAAUUUCCUAUGUGCUUGCUUCGCAAGACGAAAAUGUCUUGCGAGUUCCUGCGGGUUUUUCCUUCCCCCCUUUUCCCAAGCCGCUAAACCGCUUAUCAGCUGAUGGCUAAGCCGCUUAUCAGCUGAUCUUUAAGCCGCUUAACAGCUGAUGCUAAGCCGCUUAUCAGCUGAUCUUUAAGCCGCUUAACAGCUGAUGCUAAGCCGCUUAUCAGCUGAUCGUUAAGCCGCUUAUCAGCUGAUCUUUAAGCCGGCUAAGCCGCUAAUACUGUAGCGCUAAGCCGCUAAACCUCUAAUGGGCUUGCUUCGCAAGACAAAAAAACCCGCAAGACGAAGAGACUCGCGGAACGGAUUCUUUUCGUCUUGCGAGGCACCACUGUACUUUUCAAAUAAUCCGUAAAUUUACUCCAGUCCUUGGUAAACUUCUGGUCCCGCUGGUUUCGGAUCCUUCCCGUUAGUUUAUCAAGUUCCGCGUAGUCCAUUAAUUUCAUCCUUCAUUCUUCCAUCGUUGGUAAUUCUUCUUGCUUCCAUUUUUGGGCCAAUAGCAUUCUUGCUGCUGUUACUGCAUAUAGAAAAAGCUUACAUUCCUUUCUAUUUAUAUCGUUUCCAACAAUACCCAAGAGAAAUGCUUCUGGUUUCUUUAUAAAUGUAUAUUUCAACAUUUUUUUCAACUCAUUAUAUAUCAUCUCCCAGAAGCAUUUCACCUUUUUACAUUCCCAUCAUAUGCAAGUUCUCAACAAUCUUGUCACACUCCACAGUGGCCAAGAAGCAGAACCCUGGUGGCACCUGUGCAGAUAGGAUCAGACUGGCUUCUCAAUAGCUGGGGUCGCCAGGGGCAAUGACUACUAGUCACUACCACACAGUGUCCCCAAGUACCCUCUUGUAUACUGUCUUGCAUUUAAAAAAAACCAUGGAUGGUUACUUUUCUUCCCAGGGAGAAAUGACAAAGUGCUCAGUUGGAGACAUAACUGCAGUGAGCAGAGCCCUGCACAAUGAGAAGGCCCUAACAGAGGGGAACAGUGUGUCCAUUUGCGCAUUAUUAUUAUUAUUAUUAAUUUCGCACCAUUGCAAGACCUUCCUCCACAGACACCCAUCUGUCAUGAUGAUGACGGUUUUGCUAGUUGUAUAAUUAGCGUCUUCUUCAGAUCCAACUAGAUAUUUAAUACUGUUCUUGUGGGCCCCACCUUACACUUAUUUACCCUCCCAGUGUCCUUGCUGCUCUUGAGUCUCUCUCUGUGUCUCCUUUGCUCCUGAUCGUAGUUGUGUUUGUUGGGAUGCUUCCAAGGGAACGGGGACAAUUUGCAAACCCCCAGCUGGCUCCAGCCCACCAGCCGGUAGCCUAGUGAUCUCCUGUCCUUGGCUCAGCAUGAAACAGCAACCUGCAGCUUCAGAAGUUGGAGCACACUCUAAUCAGCAGAGUAAAUAACACCACGCAGACAGAAGUGGCAAGAGACGGCCGUGAGAGCAUAUUUACAGGCAGUUUAUUCAGCGUAUAUCAGGACAAAGGAAAAAACAUGUCUUCUCCCUUUCAUGUCCAAGAGCAAGCAGCAAAAGCAAUAGCUAUACACACAAAUGGAAGUUCCCAGCAAGCUGUGCUGGAGUGUAAACAGACAUGUGACAUACAACAAUCCACACAUCUGUUUUAAGGUGGAACGGAACAUCAAUAUCCUAACAGUCUUAUCACUGUGACCAAGUCCAACUGAACUGGGGCAAGCAGCAAAGUUCCCCCUCCUCCUUCACAAGCGCUGGGAUGCUGCUACUGAAAAAGGUGCUCUUUUCUGGAGCAUCAGGUUGGGCUACCAGUUUUGUUAUUGCAGAAGAGGAAAGGCACAGGUAGCCAACGUAUUGCUCUCCAGGUGCUGUACUAUAAUACAAAUCCCAUCAGCCGCAGCCAGCAUGGCGCAUGGUUGGGGAUGAUGGGAGUUGUUGUCCAGAACGUCUGGAGGCCGCCACAUUGACUGUCCCUGGGUAAAGGGGUUAGGAAGCUGUGUCUCUAUUCUUUUUAGCCCUUGGAUGUUAAUGGAGAUUAUACUGCUACUGCCUGGCAUUAUUGACAGUGAGAGGGAACAACAGGUAAAUUCUCAUACCAGGACGUCUAAACAUUUUAGAGGGAACAGCCCUCUUGUCCCAAGGCCUCUGUUGUGGUGCUUGGUCUACUUCCAGGUUAUGCUUCUGGAAACAGGGAUAGAGAACCCCUUUUGGCUUCCUAGGCUAGGUCCUUAUCAGGAUUGACGUUGCAAGCCCAAUUUGGCAGGUGGGUGGGGCACCCACUUGGCAGUCACACAACGCAAUUACGGUGUCACAUGAUUGAAAGAUGGGUGUGGCCACCCACCUGUCUGAAUCCCUUGUGCAGAGAAGCUAAGCGUUCGGUCGAGUGUUCAGUGCCUCCUGUUCAUUUCUGAUCUCUGACAUUUUUAAUACUGUUUUAUGUUCUUAAUGUUAUAUCGGUUUCUAAAUACAUUUCAUCAUUAUCAAUGCAUUGUAAAUUGCUUCUGCAGUGUGCUGCUGGCUUAAUAGCAUUUAUGAACUUGAAAAUACUUGUCUAAGGGUUGUCUGUAAAGGCAUUCCUGUAGCUCCUAUAGAACUACUUUUGUUUGCUCUGCCAUCUGCAGAGAUAAAAAGCAUUUCCACCCUUAUGAAAUUGAAAUUACUGAGAAGUAGGUAGCUGGUUGUGGGGAAAUGUAGCCAUGUAGACACUGUUUGUUUCAUGAGGCGCUAUAUCUGGCAGUUUUAACUGGCAUCCAAAACUGACAUGUUAAAUGGAGAACUUGAUCCAUGAAUUUCAGUAUUCCUUUUGUGAGAAUUUGCUCAGAAAACAGAGCCUUCUCAACCUUCAAACAUUCCAUUGAAGCAGUCCUCAGCAAACUCUUGUGUCUUAUUACUCUUGCCCUAGAGCUGUGCCUUGACACCUUUAAUUAUUAAGAUCACUCGUGGCUUAAAUUCAUUGGUUGACUAGAAAGCCUAGAAGCUCAGGGCAUAUCUUUUACUAACCCUGCUCAGCUUUUUAAUUACGUUUCAUUAAAAUGUGCCUUUAUAGCUGUAAACAUGUAUUUCUUUAAAAGAGAACUUCAUGCAAAAUUCUCCAGGAAAGCAAAUGCCUUUGACAGUAUAACAUGUAGAGGAAUGUUUUGAUGAUAUGCUUCAGAUGUAUUGGGUCCACUGGUUUCUUGGUGGGAGAGACAUUUUUCUCCAUAUAGUGGUACCUCGGGUUAAGUACUUAAUUCAUUCCGGAGGUCCGUACUUAACCUGAAACUGUUCUUAACCUGAAGCACCACUUUAGCUAAUGGGGCCUCCUGCUGCUGCCGUGCCGCCGGAGCCCAAUUUCUGUUCUUAUCCUGAAGCAAAGUUGUUAACCUGAAGCACUAUUUCUGGGUUAGCGGAAUCUGUAACCUGAAGCAUCUGUAACCUGAAGCGUAUGUAACCCAAGGUACCACUGUAUAUUAUUUGCUUAGUAGCAUUAUCUCUGACCAAUACUUGCAGGCAGUUUUGAUAGUUCCAAUUCUUAUUUAUGGGGAAUAUCUUGGGGGGGGGGUUGCUCUUAAUUCUGCAAUACAUUAAAUGAGGAAAAUAGCUAUUUGAGUUAUAGAGAGAAGUGCCUUUCCAAAGAGAGUAAUUUGAUACUGUUUUGAUUGUGGCUGCAUUCGCACAUAACAAUAAGCCAGGACUUCAAGCUUUUUGUGGUUUAUCUGGAAAGAGCAACAUGCUUUGAUGCUCGCUGCCUGGCCACUUCUGCUUUGCAGCUCUCCAGGUGUAAGUGAAGUAAACAAAGCAAGAAACUGUGGCUUUGCAUAAAGUCUGAACCAGAGAUUGUGGCUGGUUGCUCUCUAAGAAGUACGAUCAGCAAACCGAUGGCAAACCAUCUCUUCAAGUUGGGUAGUGAUCAUGUUUGCAUUGUUAGGUAAAGGUAAAGUGAUCCCCUGACCAUCAGGUCCAGUCGUGGCCGACUCUGGGGAUGCGGCGCUCAUCUUGCUUUAUUGGCCAAGGGAGCCAGCGUUUGUCCACAGACAGCUUCUGGGUCAUGUGGCCAGCAUGACUAAGCCGCUUCUGGUGAACCAGAGCAGCGCAUGGAAACGCCAUUUACCUUCCCGCCAGAGCGGUACCUAUUUAUCUACUUGCACUUUGACGUGCUUUCAAACUGCUAGGUGAGCAGGAGCAGGGACCGAGCAACGGGAGCUCACCCGGUUGCGGGGAUUUGAACCACCGACCUUCUGAUCGGCAAGUCCUAGGCUCUGUGGUUUAACCCACAGCGCCACCCACGUCCCUGUUUGCAUUGUUAGGGCACAAUAAACCACAACCAGUGGUUUAGAUGUAGCAUGAGGCUGGUUUGUUGAUCUUGUUCUCACCAAGGGAAGAGUGAAGCUGGAGCAAUCAGACAGCAUGUCACUCACAUACAGUCGUACCUCAGAAGUCAGACAGAAUUCGUUCUGGAAGCCCGUUCGACUUCCCAAAUGUUCAGAAACCAAGGCGUGGCUUCUGAUUGGCUGCAGGAAGCCCCUGCAGCCAAUUGGAAGCCGUGGAACUCAUGUUGGAUGUUCGGGUUCCAAAGAGCAUUCACAAAUCAGAACACUCACUUCGGGGUUUGCGACGUUUGGGAGUCAAAACGUUCGACUCGCAAGGCGUUUCACUUCCGAGGUACGACUGUACUGCUCAUUCCUGACGAACCACAGUAAGAAAGUCUGCCUUAUUCCUACAUGCAAACGUGCUCCAUCAGUUCAAAGCUUCUGAGGUAUCCUGUGUAUGUACAGACUCUGUUCACACAUAGCGCUAAGCCUGCCUAGCAAUAGAAGGCAGGGAUAGAGAUGGGUAAGAAGAGAGAGGGUUGUGAUGAUUCAGUGUUUAUAAAGGGUGGAGAGAGAUUGCGAAGUUGGCACAGGAGAGAAACUGAGAGCUGAGCAAGAACAAAUGAUACCGUUUCCAUACACUCUGUCUGAAAUGCAGGGGGCAAUAGCAAGGGUCCUUUAUUGUAGGGCAGGCAUGGCCAAACUUGGCCCUCCAGCUGUUUUGGGACUACAGUUCCCAUCAUCCCUGACCACUGGUCCUGUUAACUAGGGAUGAUGGGAGUUGUAGUCCCAAAACAGCUGGAGGGCCAAGUUUGGCCAUACCUGUUGUAGGGGAAAACUUGAAAAGGAAGUUGAAUGAGCAGGCCUUUCUGAGCCACAGCAAGGCUUUACUGGACAAGAGGAGGAGGUGUAGAGAUGGGACCCAAUCAGGAGUUCCAAAAGCUCAUCAGAAAGAGUAGCUGCCAGCAGGACUAUUUUUGAAAUCCCACCGAUUUUCCACACACAGACCCGAUCUAAUAACUUAGUAAACAAAGACUCAUAAGAGAGUGGAGUGGUAAUGGAAGGACCAUUUCCAGGUGAACAAAGGGAAGAGAAUUAUCUUGGAAAGGUGUGUGAAUGUGCUUUUCUCCCGUGUUACACUUGGUGCUCAAGAACUUUGUGUUCUCCUUAGCCAGUUGGUAGGUGGCAUAGUGUUGCCUUGUCUUAGGAAGCAGAAAGGAGGAUCAAGCAUUAGUGGGUCCAGAGAGUUUCCUGCCAGCUCCUAGAGCAGGGAUUCCCAAACUCGGGCCUCCAUCUGUCUUUGGACUACAAUUCCCAUCACCCCUGACCACUGGUCUUGCUAGCUAGGGAUUAUGGGAGUUGUAGUCCAAAAAACCCACAUCACAGUUGGAGAUCCAAUUUUGGCAUGGGUUCUUAGAGGAUGGGUCACUUCAGUAGUGGGUCAGUGGGAACUGCAAACAUGUUCUUCCCUAACUUUCUAGACCAUGCCAACAAAAGUUUUCAGACAAAACAGGGACUUUGGGACCCAAAUAGAGUUGCAUUGUCGGAUUUCGUACACUGGUGAUAGGGUUGCAAACUAAUCAAAGGGUAUUGGAAAAAAGAAAGUUGUUGCUGUUAAUGAGGCUGCUGCCCUCCAUUCCAGCCACUGAGUGGCUGUCUUUGGUUUGGCUGUUAAUAUUGGAUGCUGUAGAAAUGAGGACAAGAGUGGGAGUAACUUGAUAGUGGCCAGAAACAAGGAGACCUUGGUGAAGAAGUGACUCAGGAAGUUCUGGCUUGUACCGCUGAUAAAUAAUUUUACAGCUCUUAAGCUAUUGUAGGUGGAGUUAAAACGGUGUUACUGGAAAGGCAGCAACCACUUAUUGCCUCCUAGAGUAAAAUUGAACCAAAUGACAUGGUGCAGCCAGAGAUAUUAUAGAUAUUACCUUCUAAUUUACCAAGUAGGCACUGAAGGUUGGUGUUUCAUCUUCAGUACUAGCUAGUCAUUCAUACCGUAUGUAGUAGUUCAAUACUUUUGUUAAAAUAAUAUUUGAUGGGUUAGGUUUUCUCUCUACAAUUUUUCUUUCUUGUUGUGUAAUUAUGAUUUUCCCCCUUCGAAAGUUGAUAUGACCUUUGCUUGCAAAACAGAAGGCAUGUACCUGUUUCCUGUUAAAGAAAAUAAACACAUUUAAAGUUGUUGGGGUUUCUUUUUGCAAAAAUGGGUCAAAAGCCUCUGACCAGCCCUUGUUUAAUGUCUCCCUCAAGUUGAUUCACACUACCAGCCAUUAACUGGGUUGCAGACAGAUACUUUAUCUCGAUACAUGGCUCAGAAAUGUGUAUGACGCUUCCCCCCCUUUUUUAAAUUACUUUUUUUAAAACCUUAUUUCUAAAGAGAAUUAUUGAGCCCAAAGUUAUGCCCAUUUGAAAUCCCAUCGGGUUUAAUAGCAGAGAGUUUAAACACACCAAACUCUCUUACUAAUAACCUUCAUAGUUAUUGACUUCUGGGUGUUUUAUUUAUUAUUAAUUUAAUUUAAUUUAAUUCAUAAGUGGGAUGGAAACAUAAUAAAAAAUUAUGCCUUCUGUAAGUCCCAGACUGUAUAUAAAAGGGCCAGUUGUGUGUGUGUGUGUGUGUGUGUGUGUGUGUGAGAGAGAGAGAGAGAGAGAGAGAGAGAGAAACACAACAAAAACCAAAAUCUGACCAGAGCUCAUGAUAUAAGUACAAGCAAAUCUGACUCUAUUCCCUUGUGUUUAUUUGCUUCUCCAGAUCUAAAAUAUGUCUCCCUUAUUUGAAAAAGAGUAAGAUUGGCCAUAUCCUCAAUAUCAGCCCACCGAUUAACCUAAACCCUAUCUGGUUCAAAAAUCACUGUGGUAAGUAUAGUUUUAAAUGCUCAUUUAUAUUGAAAUUCUUCCAAACUCAAGGAAGUGUAAAGGCUGUCUCUCUUCUACCCCUUCUUUUCCUCUACAAUGGUACCUUGGUUCUCAAACGUAAUCCGUUCCGGAAGUCCAUUCCAAAACCAAAGCAUUCCAAAACCAAGGUGUGCUUUCCCAUAGAAAGUAAUGCAAAAUGGAUUAACCCGUUCCAGACUUUUAAAAACAACCCCUAAAAUAGCAAUUUAACAUUAAUUUUACUAUCCAACGAGACCAUCGAUCCAUAAAAUGAAAGCAAUAAACAAUGUACUGCAGUCACACAAUCAAUCAGUAGCGGAACUGGGUUCCACACAGCCACAAAAACAAAACAAGAAAGCUGCAGAAACGCAAAAUAAAUAGCAAAAACAGACAGACCUCAGCGUAACACUCAAAACGGAAGUGUGGCACUCAAAACGGAGCAUGUUCAGCUUCCGAAAAAGGUUUGCAAACCAGAACGCUUACUUCCGGGUUUGCAGUGUUUGGGUUCCAAGGUGUUUGAGUGCCAAGGUGUUUGAGAACCAAGGUAACACUGUACUUGCAUCCUGAAAGUUUGUGGGGAAAUAUUCUUUAAAUUGUUGCACCUUGUGUUCACAUCAGUAGCUUCUCUACUUAAUUCCCAAAUAGUCCUUAAAAAGGUAAAGGGACCCCUGACCAUUAGGUCCAGUCGUGGCUGACUCUGGGGUUGCGGCGCUCAUCUUGCUUUAUUGGCUGAGGGAGCCAGCGCACAGCUUCCAGGUCGUGGCCAGCAUGACUAAGCCGCUUCUGGCGACCCAGAGCAGCACACGGAAACGCCUUUUACCUUCCCGCCAGAGCGGUACCUAUUUAUCUACUUGCACUUUGUGCUUUCGAACAGCUAGGUUGGCAGAAGCAGGGACUGAGCAACGGGUGCUCACCCCGUCGCAGGGAUUCAAACCGCCGACCUUCUGAUCGGCAAGUCCUAGGCUCUGUGGUUUAACCCACAGCGCCACCUGCGUCCAGUUCUAAUAUAGUGACACCUUGCAUUCCUUUUUUGGACUGAGCUGGAGAAACAUGUCCCCCCCACCCAGGGAGAAACACAAGGCAUGCAGUGCCACAGAAGGUGCGUCCCAUUAACUGCAUGCCGUUCCGCAGAAAUAAUUCCUAGGUCAUGGCUGGAUGUCAAGGGCAAGCUUUAUUUCUCAAUCAGGUGCUCAUGUGCAACAGGAAUGGCGAACCGGUGGCCCUUGGCACUCAAGUGGUUCCUGUGUUUAUUUUUAAAUUUUAAUCUGAUUUAAGCCACUUCAGAAAGCAGUUUCUCAGCUCCUUCACUAUAGGAGGGCUGUUGCUAUCAAUACAUGAAAAGAGGUCGAAAUGUGAGAUAAGGGAUGGGGGGAGGAGGAGAGGAGAUGCAUUAGAUACAAAGGUAGGAAAGAGAUACUCGUUGGGGUGAGGGAGACGAAGGAAGCUAUCUGACUUGUUUGUCCAUUUCAUCUAGUAAUGUCAGUUUUAACUGGCGGCAGCUUCCUUAGGUCUUGGGCAGAUAAUCUCUCUCUUCUACCGUUAUAAGAAAAAAACUGCUCCCUUUCCCUUAUGGGGUAUUCCGACGCCUGUAUAGAGUCCUUAAACGGUUUCCCUAUCGGUAGAAGAAAACAGAGGCCAACCACAGUAUAUUGAGAAGCAAAGCGGCUUGGCUAGUUUCCUGAUCUUUACUAAAGGAAAUUAACUGUUGCAACAGGGUCCCCACUCACCACACACAGGAGGGAGGAGAACUCUGAACAACGGUGUGCAAGCCCUUAUAUAGAAUUUUGAAAUUGCCCACCAUGUAGCCCAAGACCACCCCCCUGAAACAUCAUACAUACAUCACAGAAGGAGGUGGUCUACAGCAGAGGAGGCAGCCUACAGCAGAAAUCCUGUCUGCCAGGAUAAUGGUCACUGAUUGCAUUACCUGGGCAGUCUGGCCAUUCUUUUGUGAUGGUUAAUACUUUAGUUCCAGAAUCCAGGUCACAGGCUCACCCUAUUCAUACACAAAAAUGCCCUGAAGACAGGAUUUGCAAGCAAAAAGUCAAUGGGAAGGCUUUCUCCAUUUGCCUCCCUUACUUCAGAGGAAUAUUUGAGGUCAUCGGGAAGAGUCAAAAUGGCUCCAGGAUUGCUCUCCCAUACUAUUUCAGACACAUGGUUCAUAUAUUUAGAUAUGUGCGCAUUUAUGAAUAUUUAUUCUGUAUUUGGGACCUUAAAAUUCUUAUAACAACCUGCUGCCUGAUUCUUUUAAAUAAGAGCCUUCUGCAUGCGAAAAAUGCAAUAUUCUGCUAAGCUACAGCCCCUUCUCCCUCGUUGUACAUCAAGCCCAGAUAUUAGCGACAAUCUUCUAACACCACUUACAAAACCAGGGUUUCCGUGAUGUUCUUUGAUGCAAGGUGUCCCAUUGUCCUUUUCACACAAUGCAUUGUCGGACUAUGAGAUAAUUGAUCUGUUUACAACAUUCAGAUUGUGAAACUGUUUGGAAAAACAACCGUAAUUUAGAUAAGAACAUAAUGGAAACCUUGCUCUACAUCAGCAUUCUGAUUCCCCUAAUAGCCAACCAAAUGCCUGUCUCUUUCUUGGCAAUCCUCUAUCCAGCUAUAAGAGUUUUCCUCUGAAAUAUGAACAAUUCGUACUGCAUAUAGGAGGAAACAUUUUUUUAUGUCUAAAUCUAGUUUUCCAUCUUAUUCUAGCUUACACAAUUUCUAAAUAUGGAAUGUCCAUGUGUGUGCUGGGAAUGGCAGAAGAAUUUAGAGGAGAAGUUGCAGUCAAUGCAUUAUGGCCUCAAACAGGUUUAUAUAUCUUUUAAAAAUAUAUAAUGUUUUUGAUGGGUUGACUGAGCUUAAUUCUUGUUUCAAUGUGUUCAGAGAAUAUGAUGUCUUGCAUUUGUCUAAAGUGUAUACACAGUUUCCCUUCAAUAUUCGAGACUUCUGAAGCAUAUGUAUUAUUACUAUUAUUGUUAUUGUUAUUAUCAUUUACAUUGUUUUUGACAGUGUUUUUCCAACAGUGAGUCUGCCCCUGCACCGCCAUUUUGUGACAGGUGGGACUUAGUAAUUUUCAACCCUCCCAGCUGGGUUCUGGGGUUAAAAAGUUUGAGAACCGCUGUUCUGGCUUGAUCUGCUCUCAUCUGAUACUGGAAAGCUGACGCACUGAAAUUAACCUUUUUCAAAAUAGUUAUUUAUUUGAGAUGCAACCCAAUUCUAUGCCUGUUUACUUGGGAACAUAUUCCAUCGACUCCAGUGGAACCUACUUGUGAGCAUUAAACGCCUGUUUGCAGAUAGUAAACUCGGUGCUUUACAGCAGAAUGCAGCCAGACAACUGUGGUUGGAAUAGUAACAUCAAAGGUUUUAUUUAUAAAGCAAAUAACAAAACAACAAGACGACUCUCACAUCCAUCUUCUUGAGCAGAGAGAGGGAGGAGACUUUUAAAUAGUUCCCAUACUCAUACAUCAAUUAAGUAAUUAAAGGCAACCCACAACAUUAUGCAAUGUGAGAAUGAGACAAUACAAUACUAACACUACUCUCAAGUAAGUGCAUAUAGGACCAAAGCCUUAGGUUAACAGUAUAUGCACAGUAAAAGGUAAAAAGGUAAAGGACCCCUGGAUGGUUAAGUCCAGUCAAAGGCAACUAUGGGGUUGCGGCGCUCAUCUCGCUUUAGGCCAAGGGAGCCAGUGUUUUGUCUACAGACAGCUUUCCAGGUCAUGUGGCCAGCAGAACUAAACUGAUUCUGGCGCAGCGGAACACCGUGAUGGAAACCAGAGCGCACAGAAAUGCCGUUUACCUUCCCGCCACAGCGGUACCUGUUUAUCUACUUGCACUGGUGUGCUUUCAAACUGCUAGGUUGGCAGGAGCUGGGACAGAGCAACGGGAGCUCACUCCGUUGCGGGGAUUUGAACCGCCGACCUCUCGGCAUACCCAAGAGGCUCAGUGGUUUAGACCACAGCGCCAUCUGCGUCCCCUAUAUGCACAGUAUACCCAUUUGGUAAGGAGUUCAUCUUUUUUGCUUAACAGAUGUACUUUACCACUCCAUCAUAUCUGAAUCUAAUUUUGUUAACUAUAUUGUGAAAAACCUAAGAAGUUGUAUUAUUACAGAACCAGAAGAGCAGAUCUGAGUUUGUGUUACUACUCUUAACUAGCCCGUUAUUUUAACACUUAACUGGGGAAAUUUACACAUCUGCCAUCAGGAUGAGGUGGUGAGGGACCAAAGCAGUCACAGGAAGAUUACCUUUCCUUAUAAUUUCCCUGGGGUGACAUUUUUGUGUGAAUAUAAUGUCCCUGUGUUCAGCAGAGAGCGCUUGCAUAAUUCUUAUGUAAAUUCAGACAGAAGUCUGCUAUGGGUGGUGUGGGGAUAGUUUUUAUACUUGAUAUUCUCAGAAAUUCAUAUUUUGCUGCAUAGUUUCAGUUUGCUCAUACCAUGAAAACCUAAUCUGCAGCCCAGUUAAUACAUAUGUAAAGAGAACGGGCUGUGUGUGCUGAUUCACGCCUAAUGCUGAACCAAACUAUGGCUUAGUGAGAACAAGCACUGUAAGCUUUUGAGUAAAAAGGUAAAGGUAAAGGGACCCCUGACCAUUAGGUCCAGUCCUGAAUGACUCUGGGGUUGCGGUGCUCAUCUCGCUUUAUUGGCCGAAAGAGCUGGCGUACAGCUUCCGGGUCAUGUGGCCAGCAUGACUAACCAGAGCAGUGCACGGAAAUGCCGUUUACCUUACCGCCGGAGCGGUACCUAUUUUAUCUACUUGCACUUUGACGUUCUUUCGAACUGCUAGGUUGGCAGGAGCAGGGACCAAGCAAUGGGAGCUCAUCCCGUCGCAGGGAUUUGAACCGCCGACCUUCUGAUCGGCAAGUCCUAGGCUCUGUGGUUUAACCCACAGCGCCACUCGUGUCCCAAGGUUUUGAGUGAAAAUAGUGCCUGCCAUGUGUCUGCAUUUGCACAUGGCUUGGCUCCAGGUAGUGCCACUAGCAGCCGUAUCAGAGGAGGAGUGAAGCAACCACAAUAUUGGCUCUCUGUACCUGAACACCUGCUGGUUCUUGUUAAGUAGUUGUUUGGCUUAGCAUUAUGUGUGAACAAGGUCAGAGAGAGAGAAUGUGACGAUUCCAUGGAAUAUUAAACAUUUCUGGCCCAUUAGCUGCAAUGGCUAGACUUCAAGAUUUUAUAAACUUUAAAUCUUUACCGAUCCUUCCACCACCUCAGAUAUCUAAAGCAUGGGUAGGCAAGCUAAGGCCCGGAGGCCAGAUCCGGCCCAAUCGCCUUCGACCUGUGGACAGUCUGGGAAUCAGCAUGUUUUUACAUGAGUAGAAUGUGUCCUUUUAUUUAAAAUGCAUCUCUGGGUUAUUUGUGGGGCAUAGGAAUUCGUUCAUAUUUUUUUCUUCAAAAUAUAGUCCGGCCCCCCACAAAGUCUGAGGGACAGUGGACCGGCCCCCUGCUGAAAAAGUUUGCUGACCCCUGAUCUAAAGGCUGUUGGUAGACAGUGCUAUAGAUCAGUGGGUGGCUCGGUUUGGGGGUGGCUUGUGGGCCGGUUAAACGGCCUCCGUGGGCCUCUUCCGGCCCAUGGGCCUUUGGUUACCAACCCCUGGUCUAGAACCAUACACUUGGAAGGGUCCAUAUAGGCCAUCUAGUUCACCCCUUGCAUUCUGCAGUAAAAUAACUGCUAACUUAUCCCUUCUCUCCUGUGUGUGUGUCUAUAGCUAUAUAUACCUCUGCAAUGGAUAUGCUGGGAGGAGCUGGUGUAGAGAAACAGUGCAGGAAAACAGAUAUACUUGCAGAUGCCGCAUACUGCAUUUUAACAAAGCCCAAAACUUUCACCGGAAACUUCGUCAUUGAUGAAACUUUAUUGAGAGAAGAAGGAAUUCAGAAUUUUGAUGUAUAUGCGGUUGCCCCAGGUAAUCUAGAUUUAUUUUCUUGCAUAUUGCGUUCGUAUUUGCCGGUUUACAAAUAUAUAGCCGUAAACCAUGUAUUUUGUGCUUGCAAUACCAUGAGUGUCUUCCCAGGUGUCCCAUUUAUGACCCAAUAAGUGUACUCUGGUGUCUUAUGUAUAAUGUAAAGUCCUAAGUCUGUCUUCAUGUUUGUGCUUCAGUUGUGCUAGGAAACAUCAAUAGCUAAGAUGUGGAGAUGUCUCUCAUUUACAUCUAUUUAACUGCAUAGCGUUAUUAUGCUAUACAAAACAUGGACUUUUUCAUUUAUUGUUUCACUCUAUUUUUAGGUCAUCCUUUGCUACCAGACUUCUUUUUAGAUGUGGAUCCCGAAACACUAGCAAUGAAAAUGGAAGCACAAGGUAAGCACGUAAUUCCUUCCACCCCACCCAGAUGUUGUUGGGCCUAAAAUCAGAGGUCAGAACUUAGCCUCUUACACUCCACCUGAACAGUUUUCCUGGCUGCAGACCUUUCUGUGCCAAGCAAAUAGAACAGAAGUGCCCAUUGUUAAUUGACAGGGCUUCACGAAUCACAGAUGUUGUAUAUUUCACUCAUAUUGUGUAACGAGAAUUGCAGCAACAGCUCUACAUAAAAAAUACAGAUGCCAAUUUUAAAAAAUCCAUACUUUUAUAACAGUUUUCUUUCAUUUCAAGUUUGCAAAUGUUCCCCUUCCCCAGUAGACUUUUCUGUUUGUUUGUUUUAAUUCCAAGGCACAUGACAGCCCUACAAAGAGGCUGGGAGGUCAUAUUUAACUAGACAUUUCCAAACUUACUUAUCUAACAUUCUCUGUGAUUAUGGAAAUAUAAUAAUAAUAAUAAAUAAUAAAAUUUUAUUUAUAUCCCACCCUCCCCAGCCGAAGCCAGGCUCAGAGCGGCUAACAACAGUAAAAAAAUAACACAGUUUACAUAAAAUCAUAAUCAUUUAAUUGAAAUACAUUCUAAAAUCUAUUCAGAGUCAAAUUAAUGGAAACCAUUGGGCUAGAGUUCUGUGAGGCUUACAAAAGGAGGAGGUCAGACUGUGCUUCAGCCAAAGGCCUGGUGGAACAGUUCUGUCUUGCAGGCCCUGUGGAAAGAUGUUAAGUCCCACAGGGCCCUAGUCUCUUGUGACAGAGCAUUCCACCAAAUUGGGGCCAUGGCCUGGGAUCUCCAAGGUGUUUUUAUUUGAAGACUGUAAGGUCCUCCGUGGGACAUACCAGGAGAGGCGGUCCCGUAGAUACGAGGGUCCUAGGCCGUAUAGGGCUUUAAAGGUUAAAACCAGCACCUUGAACCUGAUCCUGUACUCCAUCAAGAGCCAGUGAAGCUGGUAUAGCACCUGGUGAAUGUUAAAUGUCUCUUCUCUUGAAUUCCAUCACAUUCAAACAUAAUAAUAGUAGUGAUAAUGAUAAUAAUAAUAAUAAUAAUUUAUUAUUUAUACUCCGGCCAUCUGGCUGGGCUUCCCCAGCCACUCUGGGCGGCUUCCAAAAAAAUAUUAAAAUACUGCAAUACAUCAAACACUAAAAGCUUCCCUAAACAGGGCUGCCUUCAGAUGUCUUCUAAAAGUCUGGUAGUUGUUGUUCUCUUUGACAUCUGGUGGGAGGGCGUUCCACAGGGAAGGUGCCACUACCGAGAAGGCCCUCUGGCUAGUUCCCUGUAACUUGGCUUCUCGCAGUGAGGGAACCGCCAGAAGGCCCUCGGUGCUGGACCUCAGUGUCCGGGUAGAACGAUGGAGGUGGAGACGCUCCUUCAGAUAUACUGGACUGAGGCCGUUUAGGGCUUUAAAGGUCAGCACCAACACUUUGAAUUGUGCUUGGAAACGUACUGGGAGCCAAUGUAGAUCUUUCAAGAUUGGUGUUAUAUGGUCUCGGCGGCCGCUCCCAGUCACCAGUCUGGCUCACUGGGAAAGGCUCCAAGGGAAAGGCUCACUGAUUGGUCAUUUUUGCUGUGGAUUGAACGUGAGACCUGCAUAAAAAACAUGUCCCCUACCCCCGAGCUAUGACUCCUUGCUCCAGUAUUUUCCCUGCUUUAGUGCUCAGGACCGCCAACCUUUUUCUCCUUGUUUGGUAUGAGUUCCUGAGUGCACACUAUUGUAACUGUUGACUCUGUUGGUCAAUGUUGGUCCUACAGGAGCUACUCCAACCUUCAGAGAAGGGAAAAAACAAGACCUUCCCAAGCAUGAAGGUCCUGACAAAACUAAACCUGAAGGUCCUGACAGAGGAAAGCUUCACGUGCAUUUUGCUGCUGAAAAAUCAGGGGGGCCUGUAGCAGAAACUUUUAAAAUUAUAAAAGCUGCGAUCAGUGACGAAGUUGUAAAGUCAACCCAAGGAAUUUAUCGGUUUGAAUUAUCUGGUAAGAAUCUUUAUAUCUGUUUAAGAGUUACUGAAAUUAUGUUGGGCGGGCCUAGGAUCACGGCUAAGGCAAGAGGCCUGCAUUCAAUAGUACCAGCACAUGUACUUUGCAGAAAAGAUGCCAAAACACCUUUAUAGUGGUGGCAGUUUUCAAAUAAUUCACACUCAGUGCUGUCUGAAAUAUUUUGAAAAGACAAAUAUGGCAAUCUACUUAACACACACACAUGGGUAUGUUUUAUUUGUGAAUGUUCACAUGGACACACAGAGAAGAGGUUGGGCAUCUACAUAAAAAGCAGGGAUGUGGUUGUUACAACAAAACAGCAAUUACACCAAAAUUGAGCGAAAGUCAUUUGUGAUGAAUGGGACAAAAGUUUUGUUUACUACCAGAUGUGCUACUGUUCUUGAUGGUACCAGUCAAUCUCUUUCUCUAGUGGUUAGAAUAAGCUGGGUUGGCAGUGGAAGUUAUAGGGGAGCAUAGUGCCAUUAUUAAGGGAAAGAAAUGUCAUUACAGUGGAACCUCGGGUUACAUACCGUCCUCCUUACGAACGCUUAGGGUAACGAGCUCCGUUAACCCGGAAGUAGAUGCUCCUGGUAGCGAACUUUGCCCUGGGAUGCGAGUGGAAGUUGCGUGCUGGCGGCGCAGCGGCAGCAGGAGGCCCCAUUAGCGAAAGUGCGCCUCAGGUUAAGAAUGGUUUUGGGUUAAGAACGGACCUCUGGAAUGAAUUAAGUUCGUAACCGGAGAUACCACUGUAAAAGAUUAUAAUGAAACUGAUUUUAAACUUCAAAGGGUGGUAUCCAACAUUAGUCAUACUCUGGGAAGACCCACUGAAAUCACUGGACUUCCAGUUAUUAAUUUCAGUGGAUCAUUAACUCUUGGAAAGACUUAAUUGGCUGUUGCUCCUUAUCUGACAUUUGUUCAGCUUAGAAAUGAAUGUAUCUAAUUUUACGUGGCAUAAUUUUGGCAUUACUCUUGUGUUAGGUGAAGGAGGAGGAACAUGGUAUAUUGAUCUUAAGAACAAAGGUGGCAGUGUAGGAAGCGGAGAACCACCAGGAAAAGUUGAUGUGGUUAUGAGCAUGUCCAGCACUGACUUCGUAAAAAUGUUUUCAGGUAGGUAUUGGGAACAACUGUCCUUUCAUUUAGUCAAAUGUAUUCAUGCUCAGCUAUUCCAUUGGACUUUUGCUAAUCUUAAAUGUGUCUGCUCGUAGAGCUGCUUGCAUUUGAUAAAUUUUCAGGAGCGUGUAGAAUUAUGUAUUUCAUUCCAGUUUCUUUAUUCUACCCUUUGAGAAGAAACUGCUAGCAAAGUCUCCUAUACGUCCAGGACCUUCUUUUCUGCUUGUAGAUAGGAUGCCAUUUACGGGAAGUGUUAGAAGUGAGCUAGCAGAGAAGAGUGUUGGUGGAAAUAUUCCACAUUUGGGAUGCCAACAAGUCCUUCACCAUUUCACCACCACCAUUUUACAACAAACCUGCUCCCCCCAUGUAAAGUUAGCAAGUGGUAGGAUGAUGCAGAUCAUCAGGGCUGGUGCAAUUUAAUCAAAUGCAUGUUUACUAAGUUUCACUGAGCUGACAGGAGCUUCCUCACAUGUAAAAGUGCACAAGAAUCCAUGAGGUGUGGGGAGGUCUAUGCGGCACAGAAAGCGGCAAGACUGCGAUCUACUCGAUCUACUUAAAAACUGGCAGUGGGGGGUUCAAGUUAAAGCAGGAAAGCCCCGAUUUUGGGGGGUGGGGUGCAGAGCCUCUUAUUGGGGGGGCCUGUUGGACAAUGUGUGACUGUCAUACAGGCAUGAUCUUGCUUCCUCACCACACAUGUGACCCUAUAGUUACUCACCUGGAAUGAUAAUACAGGCAACUUCCUGUUUGCACGGGGGUUACGUUCCGGGUCAUUGUGCACUUGCGUGAAAUCGGAAACCCAUUGAAAAAGUUCUGUUCCACCCCGCCCCCAUUCCGUCCUCUUAGUGACAUUUCAGUGAUGUCUUUCUUAAAAAAUAAUUAUUUUUAUUAAGUUUUCUGCUGUUUAACAUAUAUAAUAAUUCUCUCUCUCUCUCUUUUUGUUUCACUCCCCACCUCAUUUUCCAUGGUGGUUUUAUUCCUCUCCUUCUGUUGCACCCUACCUUCUAUCACUUAUACCAUAACAACAAUAAUAUAUUCUCUCAUUUCUUCUGUUGCUCAUAAUUCAAAUCCGGCUCGUGAAUUCAUCGUACAGUACCAUUUCCUUAAGUAGUCCGAGAAAGGCUUCCAUUCCUCCACAAACCAGUCAUCGUUAGGUUCUCUUGUUUUAGCUGUUAACUUUGCCAUUUCAGUAUAGUCCUUUUUAAAAAACAAAACUUUAUUAAAACGUUUCAGUGACGUCGUUAUGACGUUUCUGGGUCACUUCCGGGUUCAGCGCUGUGCACAAUUGCAAACAUAUCGGUCAUGCCUUAAAUAAGUUACCUGUAAUGCCGUCCUUUUUUUAUGAAAACAGGAGGUGGCAACAUCACAUUUAAAGCUACCCAUGUCAUUGUUGGUCUUAAAGUAGAGAGGUUGCUUAAAUGAAAAACAUGACAGAAGCACUGCAGUUUGCAACUUUUUGUGGUGCCUUAAACCAUUUUUUUUUCUCUUUUCAGGCAAACUAAAGCCAACCCUGGCUUUCAUGUCUGGGAAGCUGGCAAUUAAGGGUGACAUGGCCUUAGCAAUCAAGUUGGAAAGACUGAUGGGUCAGUUUAAUGCCAAACUGUGACGGUUUAUGGUGUCGCGUUGAACUUUCAAUAAAUAUUCAGUUACCUUGCUGUUUCAAGAUAACUAAUCCUUGCUCUUGUUUAAAAUACUCUCAAUCUAUAACUUCCUGAAUAUAUGACGUUUUGUAGGAAUAACUGCACCAAUUUUUAACUUCGUUUACUUGGAAUGAAAAUCCUAGUGAUUAAAGUGAGAUGUAUUUCGUAAGAAGUGCAUCUAGAUUAGCGUGGAACAUGUCUUUUUUCAAAGAAUCAAUUCACCAUAAAUUUGCAGAAGGACAUUUACUCCUUUUGGUGGCACUGUGAACCCCCAUAUUGGCUUAGAUCAUGUUGGCAUUUUCCUUUUCUGAGGUAUCCAUGUUCCAAACUUUCAAAGGUUUGGGUUCCCUUAAAACCCAUGCACCAGUGAAUACAACAAGUAAAUUGCACUGAUUUGGGGUGCCUAUGAGUUAGGCCUUCAUUCCCCAAAAGGAAAACUUGAUCCUACAUCCUGUUACUUUUUGAAACCCAAAGAAUAGCCCAUAGAAUCAUUUGGUAAGAAAGCUCAUUGACUUAAGCAGAGGACACCAGGCUAGAAUUGCCCAUUAAAUUACCAUAUUUUUCCGUCUAUAAGAUGCCCCCAUGUAUAAGGUGCCCCCUAUUUUGGGGGACUUAGAUUUAAGACAAUGGGGGGAGAUGGCCCCAUGUAUAAGACUCCGCCUAAUUUUUGACAUUAUUUUUUAGGGGGAAAACCAAGUCUUAUACACGGAAAAAUACGGUACCUCAAAUACACGUCUGUUUUUUUCUUUGUCAGUACUGACAUUUUGAUUUAUAUGGUUUAUUUUUAAUAUUAUUUUUUUUAAAAAGAUUUGGGUUUCAGUUACAUAAUUACUUUUUCCUUAGAAUUUUUAGACGGAGAUCAGUGAUCAAAGAUUUUUAUUUUUUAAAAGGGGGCAGAUAUAUGUGCCUUGCAACAGAAUCCUAACUAUGUCUACUCGAAAGUGCCUAUAAUAUUACCUCAGAGAAUAGUAUUUUGGAAUGAAAUAUUUUUUAAUACAUUUGCUCCUGUGAAAAACUGAUCCUGCCAAACUGUAUUUAGAGAGAGAAUUGAAAUAAAAUGUAUCUUUUUGUGUGGCAA